UUAUUAUAAAUAAUCUACCAAAUUGUGUUAAAAGUUGCUUAUUUUUCAGUCAUAUUGGAGAAACUGGGCCAGCAUGAACUCCAAACUAACAGUACAUCCACUCAGCGAUAAGCCCUCAGCAGCUUAGAAAGAGAUUUCAAAAACACAAAAAUACUCUCAACUUGCUAUCAAUAAUCCGUCCAAUCCUAUUGCAAAUGACAGUGUUAGAAUUGUUUGUAUGAGUGAUACGCACAGCGAAAAUAACAACAUAAAAUUUGAAAUACCAAAGGGCGAUAUUCUAAUAGUAGCUGGCGACUUUACAAGAACUGGGGCACCAUCUGAAGUAAAUAGAUUCAACGAGUGGAUGAAAUCUUUACCACACCAACACAAAAUUGUAAUAUGUGGAAAUCACGAACUGUCGUUUGACCAAACGUGCCAGUACAUAAAAGGGUAUUACAGAAGCGAUAUUAAAAACGUUUUGUGUGAUUGCAUCUACUUGGAAGAUUCUGCAGUGACUAUAUAUGGUAUUAAAUUUUACGGUUCCCCUUGGCAGCCGGAAUUUGGUGGAUGGGCUUUUAAUGUCCCCCGUGGAGAAAAGUGUCUUUCCAAAUGGAAUUUAAUUCCAGAUGAUACUGAUGUUCUGAUUACUCAUGGACCACCAUUGGGUUAUGGCGACAAAAUAACAUCAAAGGGAAAUAUUGGUUGUGUGGAGUUAUUAUCAACAAUUCAAAAACGAGUUAAACCCAAAUAUCAUGUUUUUGGCCACAUUCACGAAGGAUAUGGUUUAUACACCGAUGGAACAACAUUAUUCAUAAAUGCUUCAACUUGUAACCGCUUCUUUGUGCCAGAAAAUCUCCCUAUUGUGUUUGAUUAUUCCUUACCAAGUGGCCAAACAAAAGAAAAUUACAUGUGAGGAACUGUUUGGUUUUUAAUUCUUUUAUUGGGAUAGUAUUUUUAAAUUUGGCGCCAAAUUACAGGCGUGACUACCAUUAAGUAUUUUUCUGAAAAUAGACGAAGUAUUCUUUUA